AUGACAGGUAUGACAGAAUACCAACCUACUCAAUUAACAAACUCUUCUACGAACUCCACACAAAUCGAAAACAACAACGAUGUUUAUAUUGCUCCUUCCAUCAAAGAUGAUGACGAGUUUAAGAACGACGAAUACCCAUUGGAGCAAAGCGACGAUUCCCCAUCCCAAAUAGAAAUUCCAAAAAAACCAGCAUCUGCUUAUAUCUCUGUUUGCGUUAUGUGUUUGAUGGUUGCCUUCGGUGGUUUUAUCAACGGUUGGGAUAUCGGUACCAUCGGUGGAUUUGUUGCCCAAACCGAUUUCGUUAAGAGAUUUGGAUCUCUAAAUUCCAAUGGAGAACCAUACUUGUCCAAAGUCAGAACUGGUUUAUUAGUUGCAAUCUUUAAUAUUGGUUGUGCUAUUGGUUCUGUAACUUUGGGUCGUGUUGGUGAUGUCUAUGGUCGUCGUCUAGGUUUAAUUAUGGCGACUAUUAUCUUUGUUGCUGGUGUUGUAAUCCAAAUUGCUUCUACUGACAAAUGGUACCAAUACUUUAUUGGUAGAAUUAUCGCUGGUAUUGGUAUGGGUGUAAUUGCUGUUUUAUCUCCAAUGUUGAUUUCUGAAGUUUCUCCAAAGCAUUUGAGAGGUGCUAUGGUUUCAUGUUAUCAAUUGAUGAUUACUUUUGGUAUUUUCUUGGGUAACUGUUGUAAUUAUGGUACUAAGACUUACGAUAAUUCUAUCCAAUGGAGAGUUGGCUUAGGUUUGCAAUUUGCCUGGUGUUUAUUCAUGGUCGGUGCAAUGUUGUUUGUUCCUGAAUCCCCAAGAUUCUUGGUUGAAAAAGGUAAGAUUGAAGAAGCAAAGCGUUCCAUCGCCAGAUCUAACAAAGUAUCAAUUGACGACCCAUCCACUAUUGCUGAAGUAGAAAUUGUACAAGCUGCUGUUGAAGCUGAAAGAGCUGCAGGUGAAGCCGGCUGGAAAGAAUUAUUUCAAACCAGCAACAAAGUUUUCCAAAGAGUGAUCAUGGGUAUUGCUGUCUUGGGUUUACAACAAUUGACAGGUGCUAAUUAUUUCUUCUACUAUGGUGCUACUGUUUUUAAUGCUGUUGGCUUAGAAGAUUCUUUCCAAACUACAAUCAUUUUUGGUGUAGUAAACUUUGCCUCCACUUUUGUUGCUUUAUAUGUUGUCGAUAAAUUUGGUCGUCGUAGGUGUUUACUAUGGGGUGCAGCUGCCAUGACUUGUUGUAUGGUUGUUUUUGCUACAGUUGGUGUGACUAGUUUAUAUCCAAAUGGUAAAGACCAAGCUUCUGAAAAAUGGGCUGGUAAUGUGAUGAUCGUUUUCAGUUGUUUAUUCAUUUUCUGUUUUGCCACCACUUGGGCUCCAAUUCCAUUUGUCAUUAUUUCUGAAUCCUUCCCAUUGAGAGUCAAGGCCAAAGGUAUGGCUUUAGGUACUGUUUCUAAUCAAAUGUGGAACUUCUGUAUUGGGUUUUUCACUCCAUUCAUCACUGGUGCCAUUGACUUCUACUACGGUUAUGUUUUCAUGGGUUGUCUAGUUUUUGCCUACUUCUAUGUCUUCUUCUUUGUUCCUGAAACCAAAGGUCUACAAUUGGAAGAUGUCAAUAUCAUGUGGGAAGAAGGUGUUUUGCCAUGGAAAUCUAACUCUUGGGUGCCACCAUCUAAAAGAGAUGACGACUAUGAUGUGGAUGCUUUAGCUAACGAUGACCAACCAAUGUUCAAGAAAAUGUUUGGCAGCAAAUGA